AUGUACUAUAAAUUUUGUUUAAUUGAACAAGACAAAAGAAUAUAGAACAAAGAGAGUAGAAAUAUAUUAAUUUUGAUAUAAAAAAGGAAAAUAGAAAUUCAAAUUAAAAUAAAGUGUUAAGCAUAAAUUACUAAUUGCAAAAGUAAUCUAUUCCUAGAUAAUCUAUAUUACUUGAUGGAUAUCAUUAGAAUUAUUAUUAAUAAUGUAAUCAUUGUGGUCAAUAAUCAUAUGGCUAAUAAUAAUAAAAAAUUGUAAGAUUGAG